AUGUCUCGCCACCACCCCGAUCUCGUCAUGUGCCGCAAGCAGCCUGGCAUCUCAAUCGGCCGUCUGUGUGACAAAUGCGACGGCAAAUGCCCCGUGUGCGAUUCCUACGUGCGCCCCACGACUCUGGUCCGCAUCUGCGAUGAGUGCUCCUUUGGCAACUAUCAGAACAAGUGUGUUGUCUGCGGCGGCGAGGGAAUCAGUGAUGCAUUCUACUGCUUUGAAUGUACGCGUCUGGAGAAGGACCGCGACGGAUGCCCGAAGAUUAUCAAUCUGGGAAGUUCCAGGACAGAUUUGUUCUACCAAAAGAAAAGUUUCCGGAAUCAAUGA